AUGCCAAUCAUUCUUCAGUAUUUGGCUCAUCGGGGUGGAUUUGAUCCUGAUACACCAAACAUCAAAGGAUGUAACAUGCAAGACACGUUACAGCCUUGUCAUGUAGCAUGGAUCAAUACACCUGGAGGAAUUCCUGUAUCUUCUAUGCUGCUCUAUGUUCAAUCAAUUGCAUUUUCAAUCCAAUUCUUCUUAUUUACCACAUUCAGUAGUCUGGCAGAUUAUGGCCAUUGGAAUCGCUUUAUUUUACUAUGCUCAACAGUGAUUGGUUGUUUAUUUCAAGCGUUACCAAUAACACUCGUCAAUGAUGAUGGUACUCACUGGAACAUCAUGAUGGCUAUCAUGUGUAUUGCUCUCAUAUCUUAUGGUACUACCUUGGCUUUUUAUGCAGCUGCUUUUCCUAACCUGAGUGAUAAUUUGCCGAUUGUGAGAUACGCUAAAGUCAAUCCAAAUUUAUCAAACAAAGAAAAAGAAUUAGUGAUAGAGAGAUGGCGUAAUCAUAUCUCUGCUAUAUCUACCACAUUCUCUAAUAUUGGAUUCUUGGUGACUUCAGGUGCGUUAUCAGGCGUAUCGUUUCUUUCUUGGGAAGGCAAAUAUGACUUUCCUCCAGGCGUGGAGCAUGUAUUAGGUAAUGCGCCAGUAUAUAACUUUAUCUCUACAGUUGUGUGUGCUGGGUUUUGGGCAAUCAAUGCCAUUCCCUAUUUUGUAUGGACACCGAGAGGAAGAAGGGGUCCACCUCUACCUGAAGGUGCUCAUUAUCUUACGUUUGGUUGGCAAUCCAUUAUUCAAGCCCUAAGAGAAGCACGUAAGCUUCGGUAUCUUUUUAUGUAUAUCCUUGCGUAUUUCAUGUUUUCAGAUGCAGUAUCGACAAUUGGACAAAUGUCGACCAUCAUUCAAGGUGAACUCACAGGGUUCUCGCCUCAACAGAAUGUCAUUUUUGGGCUAGUGACAGCCAUUACUUCCAUCUUGGGUUGUUUGUUUUUCCUGUGGAUGUCGCAAGUAUUUAAAAUUCGUACUAAAACCAGUUUGUUAUCCAUUGUUGUUUUAACUGGGCUUGUACCUGUUUGGGGAUGCUUUGGUAUUUAUUUUGAUCAAUUUGGCAUCAAAACUCAUCGAGAAUUAUGGGUACUGAACGUGUGGCAAGGCUUGUUUACAGCACCUAUUUGGGCUUGGCAACAAACAAUGCUUGCUGAACUCGUGCCUAAAGGGAAAGAAAACUUAUUUUUUGGCCUUGCAAGCGUUGUCAAUAAGGCUUCUUCAUGGAUAGGACCUGUGGUCAUUGGUGCCAUUACACAAUCCACUUCUAAUAUUUGGAAAGGAUGGCCAUUCGUUUUAGGCUUGUUUGUCUUGGCUACCUUUAUUCUUUGUUUCAUUGACGUUGACAAGGCUAAAUUAGAGUUGACUGAAUACGAGAAAAACGUCGAUAAUUUUAAUUGA